GGAGUCGCUCUUCCCACUUGGGAUGUUCUUUGAUGGCUUCUUUGAGGAGAGUGAAAGUCCUGCUGAUCUUGAACUUGAUCGCGGUGGCCGGCUUCGUCCUCUUCUUGGCCAAGUGCAGGCCCGUCACGGUGAAGGGCGGCGACGCCUUCCGCGAGAGCCAUCCCCGGGCGGAGGUGGCCAACUUGACCGUCCGCGCCGUCAACCCUAUCCAGGAUGCCGUCUUGAAACGGCUCUCGCUCCUAGAAGAUAUCGUCUACAGGCAACUCAAUGGUCUGUCAAAAUCCUUGGGCCUCAUUGAAGGCUAUGGCGGUCGUGGUAAAGGUGGGCUGCCUGCUACCCUCUCCCCGGAGGAGGAAGAGAAAGCCAAGGGGCCGCAUGAGAAGUAUGGCUACAAUUCCUACCUCAGUGAGAAAAUAUCACUGGACCGUUCCAUACCAGAUUAUCGGCCAACCAAGUGUAAAGAGCUGAAAUACCCCAAGGAUCUUCCACAGAUUUCCAUCAUUUUUAUCUUUGUGAACGAGGCGUUGUCAGUCAUCCUGCGUUCGGUGCACAGUGCAGUGAACCAUACGCCCGCUCACCUCCUGAAGGAGAUCAUCCUCGUUGACGACAACAGUGACGAAGAAGAGCUGAAGGCCCCCCUAGAGGAGUACGUCAACAAGCGAUACCCUGGCCUUGUGAAGGUGGUGCGCAACCAAAAAAGGGAAGGCCUGAUCCGCGCUCGCAUCGAAGGCUGGAAAGUUGCCUCUGGUCAGAUCACCGGCUUCUUUGAUGCACACGUGGAGUUCACAGCAGGCUGGGCCGAGCCUGUUCUCUCACGAAUCCAGGGAAAUCGAAAAAGGGUCAUCCUUCCUUCGAUUGACAACAUCAAGCAGGACACCUUUGAGGUUCAACGAUAUGAAAAUUCAGCCCAUGGAUACAGUUGGGAGCUGUGGUGCAUGUACAUCAGCCCUCCGAAGGAUUGGUGGGACGCUGGCGAUCCUUCAUUACCAAUCAGAACCCCGGCAAUGAUCGGCUGUUCGUUUGUUGUGAACCGGAAGUUCUUUGGCGAAAUAGGCCUUCUGGAUCCAGGGAUGGAUGUAUAUGGUGGGGAAAACAUAGAACUUGGUAUUAAGGUGUGGCUCUGUGGUGGUAGCAUGGAAGUUCUCCCCUGCUCCCGAGUCGCACACAUCGAACGCAAGAAGAAGCCUUACAACAACAACAUUGGCUUCUACACAAAGAGAAAUGCAUUGCGGGUGGCGGAGGUGUGGAUGGACGAUUACAAAUCCCACGUCUACAUUGCGUGGAACUUGCCUCUGGAGAACCCAGGAAUUGAUAUUGGAGAUGUUUCGGAGAGGAAAGCGCUAAGGAAAAGCUUGAAGUGCAAAAACUUCCAGUGGUACUUGGACCACGUCUACCCAGAAAUGAGGCGAUACAACAACACCGUUGCAUACGGGGAGCUCCGCAACAACAAAGUGAAAGACGUUUGCCUGGACCAAGGACCGCAGGAGAACCACACGGCGAUCCUGUAUCCGUGCCACGGCUGGGGCCCGCAGCUUGCCCGCUACACCAAAGAAGGAUUUCUUCACUUGGGUGCUCUUGGGACCACAAUUCUCUUGCCUGAUACCCGAUGCCUGGUGGACAACAUGAAAAGCCAUUCCCCUCAACUCCUCGAUUGUGAGAAAGUCAAGAGCAGUCUCCAUAAGCGCUGGAAUUUCAUACAGAACGGCGCGAUUAUCAAUAAAGGGACUGGACGCUGUUUGGAAGUCGAGAAUAAAGGCCUGUCGGGUAUGGACCUUAUACUUCGCAGCUGCACAGGACAAAGGUGGACAAUUAAAAAUUUCAUCAAGUAAAAAGUUUGCCCUUUGCUGAUGAACUAAUGAAACUGAACUCUCGCAAGGGACAUUUUCAAAACGAACUCUCUGCUCUACUCACAUUAUCAGGGAAGGAUUUUAAGGGAAG